UAUGCAUUUGCAGUCUCACAAUUGACAUGUUAAGCAUAAUGUACUUCUUGUAUGAUACUUUCAAAUACUUUUGUUUAAUUUAGGAUGGCGUUUUUAAACUUUGUAGGCAUGUAAAGGCUUCCUCUCCUACAUGUGUUUCCAUUUCCUUGUUUUCGAAAUACAGCAGAGGAUCCCCAGGUUGCCCUCCAGUGCCUCCCCCUGUUCCUGGCACCAGGGAGGAUGAGGAACACACCAGGGCGGUUUAGGAAUGCCACACACUCCGAGGCGUUAAAUGCCUUCAUUGAUCAGCAACCAGUUGGAACAAAUCUACCGAGGUACCUCGAUGCCUGAAGAUGAGAGAAGGCAACCGUUUGUUCUUCUUCUAGGAGAGCGCUCUCGUCCCGCCCAAGCUUUCGUCAUCUUUGAGGGAAGGGCCAUGGCAGCCCCUUCCCUUUUGAAGGCCAUUGAUCUUUGCUUCAAGAUGAUAUAUGUAUUUGAUGUAGAGUAUGCGCCUCAAUGUUAUACGACAUGGGAGUUUGUGCAGAAAUAUGUCUUUGAGAUCAGUGACAAUGUAAAAGGAAAGAUGGGUACCUCCCAUCUGUCCGUAGCCUGAGGGCUCAUCUGACCAACUCCAACUUGCCCCAGUAGAUAAUUGUAUUUGUAGGCGGGGGGCCAAAGUAGAAAAAAGUGAUUUAGGUUGCCACACACCCACAACAAAA